AUGCUCGCUCACCUCGCCACUGGCAACCUUGUCAGUCCAAAAAACUUCAUAGGCUGUGCCUGCUCCUUUGUAGCUGAUCCUGACAUUCUAGGACCACCCAGCAUUCUCUUUCAGUUGAACAGAUGUAACCUUCGUGCCAGCAAUCAAACGGUUUUCUCCAUGCUGGUUCCGCAUCCUUCAACUCCUUUCGUCACACGUUCUUCGAACAUCCCUCGACGUGAUAUGUGUCCUCAUCCCCAAGAGCCCCGCCUAGGUCUUCUCAACGUUGAUGCAAGUCACCACACUAAGCAGGCAGUACGACGCGUCAAGCAAGGCGCGUCUAGCAGCACAGUGUUACGAUCCCUCAAUUCGCAACAACUAUACAUUCAUAAUUCGUACCUAAAUGGAGUAUCUUACAAUGUAGAAUAUCAAUCACCUUCUCUUGGUAGCGAGCGAGGUGGUGGGAUGAGACGAAGCGCAGGGUUGAGCCAUGGAGGAUGCUUGAGGCCACAUGUGAAGAGGGACAUCUGGCAGAGGAAUAGCGACGACAGGAACGGUGACCGUGUCCCUCAUCCUGGGUCACUGGAUCAUGAAGGUGCGGCAACGAUAUCCGUGUCCACGCCACGUGCACUAUCACACAUACCUCGUCUCUUCUCCACAACCAUCUCUCAUCUACGCCUUCGUCAAGAGGUCAAGAACAACCGCCUGGUUUCACAAUGGUGGGGGCACUGUGGACUUCAUCAAGAUGAAGUCUGGAAAGCUACAUCUCUCCCAAUCAACAUGAGCUAUGCCCGCCACUGUUGCGUGAAUGCCCUCCCUAUUCAGGACCCUGAAGUCCACAAUCCCUCUGCCCUGAUGACCUUAAUGAUCGUCUCCCUAGGGAAGCUUCUACCCUACCAACGCCCAGACCCUCAACCGCCUCCUUAUAAGUCAGGCAACUGCCAGUGCAAUUCUUUCUCUAUUCCUUCAAUGAGUUCGACCACUCCCACUGGAGGAGAUGACAUCCAUCGAAACAAGACUCGUAACACCAACAAUUCCACUAGUCAUGAACUCAUAACCCCUCUGACAGAUAAGAAGAAGGGAAAGGGAGUCUCCAUGGCAGAGGAACCGGACCCUGAGGCCAUAACCCCUGCGAAUGACAGUCCUAUGCCAUCAUCUGGGCCUGUACUUAUGGGACCUCACUCCCUGGACAAGACGAACCCAGGGGAGAUUUCCUCAUAUCCCGCUGCUUCUCAAAGUGUGAAACAUAUACCCGCAGCUAACAGAAGCGCGAGCUCUCUACCCCCCGCUAGUAAAAGCUCUAAUGCGCCCAGCGCGCAGACUGCUGCUUCUAGAAGCACGAGCAAUACGAACAAAGCUUCCAGGAAACCUUCCACUUCUGGCAUGAACCAACCCGCAGCCUCCCUACAGCAGACUCCAGCCGAACCGUCUGAAUCGGCUCUUGCCUUCAGAGAAGAUUUGAUUAAUCUCCAGGCUGCCAUCCAUAAGGAAGUUGUGGAGGACGAUACUCAAUCUUCCUCCUUGAGCCAUACUGAAGGAAGAAGAGUACAAUACACAGCUUCUACCAAGUGCAAAGAGUCCGAAACCCAGACAAUCUUCUGGGAUAUAGACGCGGCCCAGAACAUACCCAUUUGGGCUGAGUCUAUCAUCAAGUCAACUGAAUGUAUGUUCGGCAAAUUCACUUCAGUCUAG